AUGGAUUAUCAGACUAUUUUGGUAACAGAAUUAAUUAUUUUGAUUGCUGGUGAAACUGGGAUAGCUAUGCUUCAUGGUUGGACAGAAGGUGUUAUUUAUGCUUUACAAGUUUAUUAUACUCCAAUGUGGUUAUGUGCAUGUUUAAUGGUUCUAAUACUACUUUUGAUUAUAUCAUUGGUUAUAGUAUUUAUCUUUCUCCAUUUCAAUCGCCCAUCAAUUAUUUAUUCACAUGUAGCAUUUUUGGUUCUUGCUUGGCCAAUUUCAAUAGCAUUGACAUCAGCCGGUGUUGCAACAGGAACUCCUCUACUUGUUGGAAUUUGUUUUCUUCUAUACUUCUCAACGCUAUUGGUUUUUGCCUAUAUUUAUGCUACUGCAAAAUGGAAAAGUACUGAGUUAGAAGACAUAACAGCUUAA